AAUAGAAAUGUCCAACUCCGUUACUCCGCGCACGAGCACACUGCAUAAACAAUUUUGCGCAUCCUGCGAUGUAGUUACGCACCCUGUAUAUAAUAAAGUGUCUUUUUUUUGUUUUCUCCAAAGCUGAAAUUGGGGAGAAACAGCAGGAGACAGGGCAGAUGCCCUGUUUUUACAUUUGUGCAUAAAAACGAUUAGUGACUAAAUUUUUUAGUUGAGCACCAUAAUAUGGAAAAUUGUGACCCAAAAGCCGAUUCUUCAGAGGCUCUGCACAGUAAAGUUGUUAAGCUCGAGACGGAUAAUAAGAUGUUGCGCGAGGAGUUCGACAUUCAACGUGCCAAACUAAAGGACUUGUUUCUUCAGAAAGAAGGUGAAUUAGAGCGGAAAAGCAAAGACUAUGAGAGUUUGAGUCAGGAAUGUGAUAAAGUAAAAUUGGAGUUGGAAGAUGUAAAAAGUCAGCUGCUUGUUACCGGUAUUACAUUAAAGAGUAGUACUGACAUGGAGGAGCGUAAGAUGGAAGAAAUAGCAUCUCUUCAACAGUUAGUGCAUGAAACUAUCGAAGAGUCUAGUAACUGCAAGACAAUUUACGCCAUGGAGCUUAAGAAACUACACGACAUUAUACGACGACUAGAAAGUGAAAAUGGGGAGCGUAAAGCUGGAAGGCAGCAGUCCCCUCAACGUACCAUUCAGGAACCGUCAAGUUUAGUCCCUAGUUUAAUGUUAAAUGCAGUUACUAAAACCUUGGCUAGAAAACUCGGUGCGGAUACUUUUAAUUCACAGGAUACUGUUGAGGAGAAUAUGUGCAAGGUACACGGUGAUGAUCAUGCACAGGAAGAUGUCGAAGUAUUGCGAUCUCUUCUUGUUCCUUUGGAAGAAGAAAUUAAAGCCCUCAAAGAUAAGCUGCGCAGUGCGGACGAUCUACUUCAAAAAUGUCAAUGUAAACAUACCGGAGUUGAGACCUCCGCAAAUCCCAGUUUACACGCAACUGCCACAAACACCUCGUUUGAGGGGCGUCACACAGCCAUCGCGCAAUGCGACAUGUGCAGUAAUUACGAAACCGAACUAGUUAAAGAACAAAAGCAUACCGAAGACAUAAAGCUUAAAUUGCUAAGGGCCGAAAAGGCGGUGGACAGGCAUCGGGAGGAGCUAUUAAAAGAGAUAGGUUUUCGAGAGGAAAUUGAGGAGAAAUGGAACGAAAAAAAAGAACAACAUAAACUUCAAGUCGCAGAGUUAACUACCAGAACUGAUUGUGCCGAACAGGAUCUAAAGGAACUGCAAGAUGUGUUUAAACACACUAUGGUCGAGGUUAGACAACAAUUAACAGUGAUUACUAACGAGAGGGAAAAAGUUCAGCAUGAACUAGAAAAAUUACAAAGGGAAAAUGAGGAUCUUGUGGGAAAGUACAGCGUUCACUCCCAACAAUUACAAAGCGAAGCGAUUAAUUUGCCCAAUGUUGUAGAGGAUUUACAAGAACUGAUUCUCAGAGGGCAUCAAGAGUUAAUCAUCGCAAAAAUUGCAAAAGAAGUUGUCGAGGAGGAAGUCGACAUUUUGAGAUCUGAUAAUUUACUUUUGAAAGAUGAAAUUACCAUGUUAAAAGACCAAACUGAGCAAUUGGAAGCGGAAAAGCAGAGGUUACUGUCCACACAGGAUAAAUUAAAAUCACUAGACAAAAUUCAUCAAGCAACUCUGGCACAAAUUGAUGAACUAUCCGGCGAAAAGAAUCUAUUGGAAGAUCAGAACAACGAACUAAAAUCGAGAGUUGCAUCGUUGCAGCAGGAAUUGGACAACAGUGAAACUGUGCAAAAGGAUUUCGUUCGUCUCUCUCAAAGCCUCCAGGUUCAGUUAGAGAAGAUUCGAGAUGCGGACACCCAAGUUCGGUGGCAGCACGAGGAAGAUGUGGAGGACUGUCCGUCUUGUCGAUCAAUGUUUAAUGUGACUAAACGAAAAAAACAGCAUUGCAGACAUUGCGGGCAGAUAUUUUGUUUACCUUGUUUAAAUCAUACUGUUUGUAGUGGUCCUAAUCAAAGACCGUCGAAAGUUUGUGAUGUGUGUCAUACACUGCUAGUUAAAUCAUCGGCUCCAUAUUUUAGUACAGAAGUUCCUCAUUCUCCCGAUUAAAGUCCAUUGCGUUAUUAAUUACAAAUGAGUAUGUAUUUGUUAUAAAAAUAUCUAGUUGACGUUUUAUUUUGUGCAAUAAAUGAAUUUGUUCGCCAGUA